AUGAACCCACAGAAAAGAGUUGGGAAGUCACUUGGUGAUGGACAAAGGAAGAAAAAAAUAAAGCGUGUUAGCAGUGCUUGUCAAGUAUGUCGGAGGAAAAAGAUCAAAUGUAAUGGAGAGAAUCCAUGUAUGAAUUGCGUCAACUAUAAUGUAGAAUGUCAAUAUUCUAUAAAAGCAGAUAAUAAACCAUCGGAUACUGAUGAUGAAAAGACAAAGGUGACGUCUUUGAAAAAGAAAGCCAUGAUUUUAGCCCAAAACUUAGAAAACUAUGAAAUAUCAGAUCAUCAGCUUGAGUCAUUUGAAACGAUAUCCAAACAAAUCGAUUCAUUGAGCAAUACUUUAGAUCAUGAAUCCACAUCAAAAGAAUCCGGAAAUGAAGUCGAACUCUGCUCAAGAGAGGCAAGCUACUACACACAAUGUAGGAAGGCAAGAUUUUGGGAAUUUAUGAGAGGUAGACAUGUUGUGGAUCCAAUAUUUGGACUCCAUAAUACAAUAUCAAUAUUUAGCAUCGCUGGAAGAGCUUGGAUGUCUUCAAGAUUGGCAACUCUUGAGAAGCAAUUUAAAAUUGAAGAACCAAUUUUAUCAAAAAAAUCCUCGGAGUUUUUCUCAAAGUCUUACAGGUCAGCAAUAAGAGUUUUGAGUGCGGACUUGAAGUUAUGGAGUGAAUCGCUGUCGUCAAAUGAGUGGUUCCAAAUUAUACACACAGAAUUGGACUUUAAAGCAGUAAAGCUCAUUAUUGAGGGGAUUUAUGAGGAUGAACUGAAAAGUCGUCAUUUUUCAACGAAAAGGGGCUUGCUAGAAAUACUAGAGAAACUAUCAAGUGAUAUUGAGCUUAUAGAUUGUGCGUAUUUUCCUCUCAUAUGUCUCUUAAUUAGAGUCAAUAAACAAAAUGUUCAACUCCAUAAAAACCAAGAUGUGAAACUGAAAAUUAAAUCAUCAACUUUAAUUAAAUUCGGUGUUCGUCUUUUCCAAAGAUUAAUGUUUUCAUUUCAUGGGAAUUUCGAAUCUUUGAAAGGUUUAGUCCAGUUUAUGGAAUCUUUGGAAUCUCCUUACAUUUCUACUUUCCCAACUGGUCUUUUAACAUGUGCUAUAGAUAUUGGGAAGAAUAAUGGGUUACACAUCAUGGAAUAUUACGUGGGGAACAAAGAGGAAGAAUCUGACGAAAGAAGACAAGUGUUUUGGAAGCUAUUUGUGAUGGAUAAAUGGAAUUAUUUGGCAGAUGGUAAGGAUUUGAGAAUACCACAUACUGAAGUAUCAACAUUUCUUCCAUCUAAAAUCCAUGAUGUCAUGAUUCAUUUUGAUCAAGGGAAUUGGGACUAUAAUUCUUUGAUUAGUUAUAUUUCAUUUUUCGAAAUUGAAGUUUCAAAAAUAGUAUCUAAAAUGUAUCAAAAUUUGUUCAGUACGGGAGAACUUGAAUAUUCCAAAACUUUAGUUCUCGAAACUUUAGCAGAGUUACAAAAGAUUCAAAUUUCUAUGAUUCCACAAGUCAAACCUGGAAAUCCAAUUCAAAUCACAGGGGAUCAAAUUCCCGAAUCUGAGGUACAGAGAAUACAUUUAAAAGCUUUGCAUUUCCACCUUUUCUAUUACCUUUCAAUAAACUUCUUACUGAGAAAUAGUUUAGACUCAUUGGACCAUGUACAUGAAAGUACCGUUCUGGAUUAUGAUUUGAAAAUUCUUGAUGUUUUUUUCGAAUUUGGCUCUUUCAAUGUCAACUAUAAGCUAUCAUAUGUCAAAUUUACACUAGCAUCAGCAUGUGAUUUGGUUUAUUUAUACAUUAAGAAUCCUUUCGAUGUUCAAUACUCAAAUAAGGCAUUGAAAUAUAUACUCAAAUAUUCAUCAAUUUUAUACUCCCAAAGUAUCAAGGUGGAAGAUUAUGAUCACUGGGAAAUGACGAAUGCCAUGUUUAAUACUUUAGUUUCACCUUGUGUUGAUAUAUAUGAGAUGAUUGAAAGAAACCAAGUUGCUGCAGGUGAUCAAAAUUCAAAUAAAAGUGAAAAUCUAGUAAAAGAGAUUGAAAGCUUUAAAGUCAGAUUGAUGAAGUUUGAUGAGAUGAUCGCUAAUGAGAAGCGUCAAGAUCAUCUGUUCGCCCUGGAUCAAAUAUUGAACAUGGAUUUAACAGACGUUGAUGGAUUUUUACAAUCAGUUGGUUUGAACAAUGGUUCAUUUUACAAUUCCUUAUUAUGA